AUGAACACCUCUUCCCUGUUACAAAUGGAAGAUUCCACUGAUUGGCUCGGACAAAAUGUCAGUUGGGUUCCGUUCAUUGAGGAUCAAAGUUGCAAUUACACAGAUCUGAAUGCAACCAAUGUUUCAAGUACAGGAUGGGGAGAACCACCAGGAUCAAUGAGGAAAUGGUUAGGGGGCAAUCCCCACAUCGUGGCAAAGAUUGUGCUGUCUUUGGCAUAUGCUGUCAUCAUAAUGAUCUCUCUCUUUGGCAACACCCUGGUAUGCCAAGUUUUUGUUAAGCACAAAGAAAUCAAGAAGUCAACAGGCCUUCUCAUCUUCAAUCUGGCUAUAUCUGACAUUUUGAUAAUCCUGCUCAACAGUCCAUUUGCUGUGGCUCGUUUCCUGACUGGACAGUGGGUAUUUGGUAGGAUCAUGUGCCAUGUGAGUCGUUUUGCUCAGUACUGCUCCCUCCAUGUCUCGACUCUUACACUGAUGGCAGUUGCCAUGGAUCGGCACCGGGUAAUUCUGCACCCAAUGAAGCCAAGGCUAACACACUCUCAAAGCUUAACAGUUGUUGCUGUGAUCUGGAGUAUUGCUGUGUUCCUUGCUCUUCCACAUGCAAUUUACCAAAAUAUGUUCACUUUCAUGAGCACGGAUGGUAUUGCCAGGAGCUACUGCCUCCCUGCAUUUCCUGGACCCAGCCAGUUGGUUUCAAAAUAUGUGGACCUUGGGACAUUUGUCUUAUUGUACAUCCUCCCACUUAUGGUGAUUGUUGUAACCUAUUCUCACCUAGGAAAGAGGUUGUGGAUCCAGAAUGCUAUUGGUGAUGCAUCUGCUCGUCAACUGAUGGCACACUACCAGAAAAGAAAGAAGAGCAUCCGGAUGCUGAUUCUUAUUGUGUUGGUCUUUGCAGUUUGUUGGUUUCCACUUAAUUUCUAUGUGGUUCUUAUUUCCAGUGCAGGAGUAGAAAAUGACAGUGUGCUUUUCUAUGCUUUUCACUGGUUUGCAAUGAGCAGCACCUGCUACAAUCCUUUCAUCUACUGCUGGCUCAACAGGAGCUUCCGUGCCAAACUAAGAUCUAUAACAUCUUUCAGGAUGCAUGCAUUGUUUAUGUGUGGGAGCUCCCAGGUUCAGCAUAUAAAGACACAGGAGAGUCAUGAGCUUCGGGAACUAAAGACAUCUUCACUGCUACGAGUUCCCCUGGCUGUUCCAGAGCCCCCAGUAUUUGAGGAUCCCAGUUUGGCUACAGGGGAUAAUUCCCAGGUUUCUGUUCAAGGGGAGUGGGAAGAUCCAGAUCCCUCCCUAGAUGAAGAGGCAGCAGCAGUGGUGGUGGUGGCGGCAGCACCAGUACCAGGGCCCUCUACCCAGGAUGCUUACUUUUGCAUCCACAUGCAGACUAGCAGUCACUAA